AAAGCCUUAUCAAAAAUCUAGCAUGAUGGUUUCUAAGAGCUCCCAAAUUGGGUUGUUUUUCUUUGCAAUACUUGCUUUAUCCGUUAACUUUGAGAAAACAUCUGCACAAAACCCUUAUACAUGUUGGCAUCGUGGGACUACUAAAGUAUCAACAAACUACCAUAGAGUCUUUGGAAGUGAUCUCGAAGCUAAAUGCACUUCUGUCCUACUUGAAUGCGGAGCUAAAUGUAAAGCGCAGGGCAGAAAUAUGACUUGGAGCAUUUGCCAAUGGAGAACUAUACAACAGUUGUACGCAUGCACAGCUUGCUGUGGAUUUGUUGCUAGUCCUCCACCACCACCUCCUCCAUGUCUGCCAUCACCCCCUCCUCCAUCUGCACCAGCACCUGAUCAACCAUCACCCCUGCCUCCAUCUCAAGCACCAGAAUUACCACCAAGUGAUCAAGGUGAUGAUAUGUCCGAUCCAGCUGAGACCUUCUUAUUCAAGGCAAGGAACAAGUUUCUCCGCUUGUACAACUUCUAAUUGUGACGGAUAGUGUCCGGAAAUCAGAGCUAAAAAAUCGUAUGAUAAUUAUCGCCAUGUUUUUUCUUUUACU